AUGAAUUCUGCCGCUAUAGAAGUUAUAAAUAAAUUAAAAAAAGAAGAUGAUAGUAACAAUAAAUGUUUUGAUUGUGGGAUAUCAAACCCUGACUGGGUAUCAGUAAAUCAUGGAAUAUUUUUGUGCAUUAACUGUUCAGGUGUUCAUAGAAGUUUGGGAGUACAUAUAAGUAUAGUAAGGAGUAUAAAAAUGGAUAUAUUUACAGAUGAACAAUUAAAAUAUAUGGAUAAAGGAGGUAAUAAAAAAUUCCAGACAUAUUUAGAAAAUUAUGGUAUUAAUGAUUUUAUUCCAGAAAGAAAAUAUCGAACAAAAGCAGCUGAACAUUACAGGAAAAUAAUUCGAUCCAUUGUUCAUAAUUCUGAUCCACCAUCUCCAUUAUCUCUAGAUAAAGGAAAAGAUAUUAUUAAUUAUGGUGUGAAUGAAAAUAUAAAUUAUAACGAAAAUAAUAAAAAUAAUAUGUAUAAAGAUGAUCAACAGAAUUUUAUUCCAUCCUUAAAUACAUCGGACAUUUUGGAAAAUGUGUCAGCUACUUUUUCAAAUUUCAUUAAUAAAGCACAAACUAUGACUACAAAUACAAUAAAUAAUUUAAAUAAAAAUGAAAUUAUCGAAACAACAAAAGAUACAUUAAUUAAUAGUAGUAGUUGGUUUUCAGAAAAAACAAAAAAAAUUGCAGAAAAUGUAAGUGAUAAUCCAUGGUGGGAAAAAGGGCAAAGUAAAAUAAAAGACGUUACUCAAAAUGCAAGUGGAUGGAUCUCUAGUAUAUCAUCAACUGUAUCAAGGACAAAUAGCAAUUUCUUUUUUCAAAAUAAUGAUUUUAAUAUGAACAAUACAAAUACCAAUGCAGAUGCAAGUACAAUUCCAGGUAUCCCCAAUGCUAAUAGCAGUAAUAAUGAAAAUAUGAACUUCAACAAUUCCAAUAAGAAUAAUGAAUAUGUAAAUUACAACACAAAUCAUAAUUGA